AUGGGAGCUUCCAAUCUUUUGGUUUGCGCCCUGACUUUGCUGGCUGCUCGCCAUGCCGAAGCGGCUCCUAGCAACCGCUACGGCCUCGUCGAGCGCCAAGGCAUGGGCAUCAGAGACGUAAAACCUCAAUAUCCCCACGAUCCUUACGCCGGAUGCAGAUGGUGGUGGGACAAUGACGGCAGCAUCGCGUGUGAGGACAUGCCUGCGGAGUGGGGCGUCUCACUAGAGACAUUGAUUUCCUGGAACCCCUCCAUAACUCCCGACUGUGGAGGCUUCAUCGUUGGGCGAUCUUAUUGUGUCGAGGCGCCUGUUACUGAGCCUGAGCCUUCGACGACCACGACGACGACCAAUGGAUCACCUCCAACCACCACCACCACUACUGGCAACGGCAUCACCACGCCCACGUCAAUCCAAAAAGGCAUGAUCAAAACCUGCAACAAGUUCCAGGAGGUUACCGAGGACAUCUCAUGCCAGGAUAUCUUGGACGAGAAUAAAAUCAGCCUGGCUGAUUUCUUCAAUUGGAACCCUGCCGUGGGCGAAUUUUGCAACAACCUCUGGAAAGAUACCUGGGCCUGUGUCGGCAUCAUCGGAGGCGUCGCCACCACUAAUGUCCCGGCGCCUGCGACUACCACCAAGCCUGCGAACGGAAUUGAGACGCCGUCUCCCAUUCAGUCUGGCAUGACCAAGAGCUGUAACAAGUUCCACUUCAUUGAAACGACCACCACCUGCGCAAACCUCCUCGACUAUGAGAAGAUCACCAUCGAAGACCUGUUCAAAUGGAACCCUGGUGUCAAGAACGACUGCACUGGACUCCAGGCCAAGACUUGGGCUUGUGUUGGAAUUAUCGGAGGAGCAGCUGUUACGACUACACGUCCUGCAACUACGACCAAGCCUGCUAAUGGCAUCGAGACGCCUUCUCCUAUCCAAUCCGGCAUGGUCAAGAACUGUAACAAGUUCCAUGAUAUCAAGACGACAACAACCUGUGCCAACCUUCUUAGCUAUAACAAGAUUACACUUGAGGAGCUGUUCAAGUGGAACCCUGGUGUCAAGAGCGACUGUACUGGGCUCCAGGCGGGAACCUGGGCUUGUGUCGGAGUUAUCGGAGGCACCACCACAACUACACGUCCUGCAACUACGACCAAGCCUGCUAAUGGCAUCGAGACGCCUUCUCCUAUCCAAUCCGGCAUGGUCAAGAACUGUAACAAGUUCCAUGAUAUCAAGACGACAACAACCUGUGCCAACCUUCUUAGCUAUAACAAGAUUACACUUGAGGAGCUGUUCAAGUGGAACCCUGCUGUCAAGAGUGACUGCACUGGACUUCAGGCGGGAACUUGGGCAUGCGUUGGUGUUAUCGGAGGCACUACAACCACUGCUCGUCCUUCUACCACAACCAAACCCGCAAAUGGGAUUGAGACGCCUUCCCCUAUUCAAGCGGGUAUGGUCAAGAACUGCAACAAGUUUCAUGAUAUCAAGGAGACAACUACCUGUGCCAACCUUUUGAGUUACAACAAGAUCACGCUUGCCGACCUCUAUAAGUGGAAUCCUGGUGUUAAGAGUGACUGUACUGGGCUUCAGGCGGGAACUUGGGCUUGUGUUGGUGUCAUCGGAGGUUCUACAACUCCUGCUCCUCCUCCAACCACGACAAAGCCUGCCAACGGAAUCGACACCCCCAGCCCGAUCCAGUCUGGCAUGGUCAAGAACUGCAACAAGUUUCACAACAUCAAGUCAACGACCACAUGCGCAAAUCUCUUGAGCUAUAACAAGAUUACACUGGCAGAUCUGUACAAGUGGAAUCCUGGCGUCAAGAGCGACUGCACUGGCUUGCAGGCCGAUACUUGGGCUUGCGUUGGCGUUAUUGGAGGAACCAAUAAGCCUACGACUACGACCAAGGCUGGCAAUGGUGUCGCGACCCCGACCCCGAUCCAGGCCGGCAUGACCAAGAACUGCAAAAAGUUCCAUUUCAUCAAGAGCACCACCACCUGUGAGAACCUGCUAAGCUACAACAAGAUUACCAUGGCUCAGCUCUUUGCUUGGAAUCCGGCUGUCAAGAAGGACUGUACAGGACUGUGGGAAGAUACCUGGGCAUGUGUGGGUGUCUAG